UUGGAGUUCAGCAUCCUGUUCUUAUAAUAUCCUUAGUUUGACAGUUAUAUUCCACAAUGUCAUCUUUGAUGAGGUUUAAAGGGCUUCAGUGGCUAAGAUGCAUAUGAAUGCUAACAAAAUUAUGCUAACAAUCAUUAUUGUAUGUUGGUUAAAUGACAAGGAUGUUUUCUAUUUUUUUGAGUACCAUAGAUACCCAUUGAUCUUAUAUGGAUAGAAGACCCCAGUAUCAUAUUUGAGAUUUCCAGAAAAAACAGCAAAUAUAAAUGAUUUAUGGAGAACUUUGAGAACCCAAAGCUAAUAGAAGAAAAGCUAACCAGGAACUGCAGACGGUGGGACCAUGAAGACUGUGGUGGCUCUGCUGCUGCUCUGUCUGUGUGAUCCUGGACAGAGUGACUGCCAGGCAGACUGCCUGUCCUGCAGCAACAUCCUGCCCAAACAGCUCAGUUUCAACACCAUGGUGUGUCUCAUUGAGUGUGAAGGCAACAUUUCCCCAGCUUUCUCCUGGGACUUCUGCCGUAAGGCGUUAUUGUCGCCAAUUUCCUCCCUUGGUGGUAACAUAAGGAAAAGAUCCCAGGAGGAGGUGGAAGCCCUGUUUCCUGAGGAGGAGGAGCAGAUGGAGGGAGUUCUGUUGCAGCCCAUUGCACUGCAGAGGUUUGAUCACGUGGCCCGGGCACUCAGGGUGGACGACAGGGAUCUGGGUGGCAAGGGCAGCCAGCUGAACACUGCCUACAAUUCCCAGAAUGCCCUGUCCCUUGAGAAUGAGUAUGAUGAGGAGGCUGGGCAGGAAGAAGGGGAUGCUGAUGUGGCAGUGAGAGGACAGGAUGAUGUAGGGCUGAGUGUCUCCAAGAGGUUUGGCGGCUUCGUCAAAGGGAGGCACGGCUACAAGAAGCUGAUGUCUCCAGGAAGAUCGUACCAGAAGAGGUAUGGUGGUUUCAUCGGCAUUCGGAAGUCGGCCCGCAAGUGGAACAACCAAAAACGUUUCAGUGAAUUUCUGAAGCAGUAUCUGGGGAUGAGCACUCGGGCCACUGAGUUCAACAGCGUGUCAGAGGACCUCACUCAACAGAAUGAAGUUUAGCAGAGUGAACCUUUGAGCCACUACCAUAAAACUAUUUCCUGUAUUUUCACUGAUCUUGUUUUGUAUUUAAAUCACCAACAUGUCAAACUUAAACCAGUGUCACCAAAAAUGCCCCUUUAAAUCCAAGCAACUACAGAGUCCUUACCAAAAAGUGAAAAUUAAGGCCAUUAUCUCAGACCCCCAUUGAAGCCCUUUUUGUUCCAAGACAUAAGUGAUUAGUCUCGGGCUUAACCUUCCAAAGAAGUUACUAGAAAUUCUGUCCCCCCCUGAAAACAGCUUUGUCCGAACUGUGAAACUCUAUAAUCCCUGGCAUCUUCCAUGCCUGUUGUCCAGCUCUUGGCACCCUGAAUCAUUCAAAUUUCCCAUUCAGUGCCCCUUGUGGAGAUGUACCAGUUAAAAGAUCAUGUUUCAUAUGAAUAGCUGCCCAAACAUGAGCUCAUGAGCUUUGAAGCUUUAAAUCCAUUGGAGUCUUAGAGUGGUUUGGAGCAAAAUACAUUUUUUAUUUUAUGGUUUUAUGUACUGUUGUUUUUGACCUCAUGUUUAAUACAGUAUAUUUUUUAUUUCUGUGAUGGGUUAUGUGUAAAAAGUGCUAAAUCUUUUUACAUGGAUGCCUCCGGCAGGGGAAGGGUCCAGAGGUAACCUGUUAUCUAGAUGGACCACGUUCUUUACUCUACAACCAUUUUGUGGAAAAUCCUGACUUCAGUCUCUGUUAAAGGACAAUAUCAAUGUUUUUUUGUGUUUUAGCAUUAGGGUAAUGUCAGCAGUAAUUUGAAGUAUGCUCUAUGUGAUUUAUGGUAAAUGAAUGCAAAAACACUGCUAAAAGUCAUUCAUUUAUCACUGUGCCAAAACACACCUGAGACAGGGCUACUGAAGCAGGUUUAAUUAAAAGCUCUCUCCUUCAGUCUGGUGUCAUGGCAAACUGAAACACUACACACAACACUCAAUAUCCAUGUGUAUAUGCUACUGAUCUGUCUGCCAAACUGAUGUUAUGUACAAGUGAGCAUCAUCUCUGACUGGCUCUUGUGUGCCGACGCCAGAUUGCUAUAUGCACAAACAGUGUUUGGUAUUUUUCUUUAAACUGUAAUGGUGUAAAACGUCUUUUGUGUAAAUAGCUGAAUUUAAACAUGUCAAUAAAAAUAGUUUACUAUUUCCUCUGUGGCUUGUCAUGCAGCAACUGA